ACUUGACUUGCGCUUGAUAUGACUUGAACUUGUGUGUGUGUGCAGCCUCCAUGUGUGCUGCUUGUCUACAUGCUUGGUACCUUCAUGCUCACUUUAGUUACCUCGUACACUGAUGGUAGUGGCUUUGCCUGCACACGACUUACGACUUUGGCCUGCGGGCUUGCGACUUUGAAUCUUUCUUCGCAUCGGGUUUUUGUUUUUCGUUUCCCAGAACACUGCAGACUGUCCCGCGACAGUUGUUUUUCCCGACCGUCCCCAUCUUCCCUUCCAGCUAACCCACACAAUCUAUCUAUCAAUCCCAUAGAUCCUAUAUUAUAUAUCCAUCAUUCGUCUGUCUGCCGUAGUCAUCACUGUCUAUCCAUCCAUCGCCCGACCACACACCCACCCACCACCACCCCCCUCCCAAAAUCGAUAAUCGUUCACGAACCAGCAGCCUUACCGAGGGGCUCGGCGGCCACUCUCCAGAAUCGUACCCCUGUGACCACCAACUACAUACCACCCACGGCCACCCACGACUACCACCACCACCCCGUAUCCUAAACUCCCAUCACACAUCACGUACACCCCAUCUGCUACACCGGUCGGGAAUACUCAGGUACACAAUCCAGCAUCGUCAACCACCUACACCUACAACACCACCACCUACAACCACCACCACCUACACCACCACGUCCCACCCACCGAGACCAGGCCCUCUCCACCUCACCUCACCUCCACCCUCACCAUCGCCACUACCCUAUCCCGCCGCCCCGCUGCUCAACUCCGCCGCGGCACGUACCUGAGUGGAAAGCAUAGCACUCACCGCCGCUGCCGCACCAUCGUCGUCUCCGAACGAACACGUACACAGCAGUAAAGUAGGCCUUGCGGCUCGGCUAGCACUAAC